CAUUUUGACCUCUGCCGACAUUUUUCCACUGUAGGGAUUCCCCACCAGCGGCUUCGCAGUUGCUGCCGAAUUCGUUUUUUUUGCCGUCAUUUUCGCCGAUAACAUGGUGAAUCACUCGGUCCACGCCCAGUUCACGCAAGUUCGCGCGCAGACAGCGUCAUCGCCGACUACGCUCGGUAGUCGCGACUCGGUCUCUUCUCCAGGAGCUCUGCUCCGUCGACAUGCCGAAAGUCAGCGCAAACGCCGUUCAGAGGCCAACGGUACCAGUACAAGCGGUACAUCUCGCCGCAGCGGGCGUUACAAAAAAAAGCGUGCAGCCAUGGACUCAGACUCGGACUCAGAUUCGCCCGACGCGAGGAAAAUGUUGAAGCUGGCGCUGGCCAAGUCGGUGGUGGAGACCAAGAUGGUUCAAACGACUCCGUUGCCGCAGGGUGCCGUGUUCUAUCCGACCUUGGAGCAGUUUGGCGAUCCGAUCAAGUACAUCGCGAGCAUUGAAAAAGAAGCAUCGCGAACUGGAAUCUGCAAGAUUAUACCACCGCGCGGGUGGAAUCCGCCGUUUGCUAUUAAUUUGGAGAACGAUCGGGUACAGUUUGACACGAGGAAGCAGAAAAUUCACGAAUUGCAAGAAGGACAUGCCUAUGGCGACGGGCGAACGCAUACAUUCAAGUCGUUCCGCGCUAAUGCGGACGCGUUUCGGGAUAACUGGUUCUGGUCAAGAGGGUUAGAUCCAGACUCGCUGACAUCGGAAGAGAUUGAACGGGAAUAUUGGCGGGUUAUCCAGACCGGAGAACCCAAUGUUGAGGUGGAAUACGCCAAUGAUCUCGACAUCUCUCAGGUAGGCAGUGGAUUUCUCCGCUCGAAGAAGCGGUUUGCAUCCCAGUCAAUGAAAGGAAAGGAAUCAAUUGAUUUCUCGGAUCCAGAAUACUACCGCAAUACUGGGUGGAAUCUAAAUAACCUGCCAGAUGCAUACGGCUCACUACUCCGCCAUUUGGGCGCCGCAAUCAACGGCAUCAACGUGCCUUGGUUGUAUUGCGGUAUGCUGUUCGCAUCCUUCUGCUGGCACGCCGAAGAUAACUACAUGUCCAGCAUCAACUAUCACCACCUGGGUGCCAAGAAGCGAUGGUAUGGAAUCUCUUCCUCAGACGCCGAGAAGUUUGAGGCUGCAAUGAGAACGCAAGUGCCUGAGCGUUUUCGAGAGAAUCCGGACUUGCUGCUCCACUUGACUACUAUGGUACCACCGUCAGUUUUGCAGAGUCGAGGUUUGAAGGUAUUCACGCUAGUGCAGCAACCCGGAGACAGCAUUUUGACCUUCCCCAAGGCGUAUCACUGCGGCUUCAGCGAAGGUUUCAAUUGCAACGAGGCCGUGAACUUUGUUCUCCCCAACUGGAUCGACUAUGGGCGGGAAUGUGUCGAGAUGUACCGCAAAUACGCUCGCGUUUCAAUAUUUUCGCAUGAUCGUUUCGUGUUCCACUUCGGAUCGACGCAAAAUUUAGACGAAUACUCGCUCACGGAUUGCGAAAUGCUGUUAAAGGAGUUGCGACGACUGUUUCACGAAGAGCGCGAGUAUAAGAAAGCUUUCCUUGCUGACGGAUUGGAGAGUAUUGAGGAGUUGAGUGGCGACGUCAUGCUGGACGAGCGAUCGAUGGAGGUCGAUGACGUACGCCAGUGUUUUCGAUGCAAACACAAUGUCUUCUUCUCGGGUGUGAUCUGCUCGUGCAAUCCCAGCCGCUUGUCAUGUCUUCGACACACGAAGGAAAUGUGCGGCUGUUUGAUGGAGAAUCGCACGUUGUUGCAGUGGGUAAGCACUGCUGAACUGCGAUAUGCGAUUCGACGGGUGCAAACGAAGAUGCGAGCGCUGAAAGAUCAAACCGAUCAGUACGUUGGUCAACCGCAGGCUGCUAGUGACGCAGCGACGGGUAGUGGGAGCUAUUUUGUUAUCAAGCGGAAAGGAGCCUUCGUGCGAGCGUAGGUCGGUUUAAGGAUUUUUGUUUGAAAUGCUUUGGUUGCGGGUGUAAUGCAGUAGGAAUCGUAAGCAAGAAAUACAACCAAUGCAUUGUCAUAGGCCA